AGGAAGAGGAGAAGAGAGAGGAAGAAGAGGAGAAAGAGAGAAAGGAGAGAAAGGAUGAGCUGAGGGUGCUGGACCAUCAUUCGUCGUCUGUAGCAGGCUCCCACAGUUCCAGAGAGGGUGGCAGGAUGCCCACACCCACACUGCAAAGGAUCGCUACUGUUCAGAGAACUCACCACGACCUGACUACUCCAGCUACUGGAGGGGCUAUCCUGGUGUCUCCUCCUAAGAUGGAGGCUAAUGGUUGGGUGAAGAGAAGUGAACCUCCGCUGGGUAAAAGCCGUUCCCCAUUUAAACACCUCUCUCUGACCUCGCCACAACGAGCAGCCAGACAGAAUGAGGAGCGGAACCAGCCCCGGUCCUCUCCAGCAGCAGGGGUGACCACUGUGGACCCCCUCCCCCUGAGAGAGGACUCCUGGUCUGGGGAGACCUCUCCAGAGAACCCCCCUGAUCCUCCACCGGAGGCCAAACCCUCCCGUAAACGCACCACCAGCGGACGACCCAACGCCGCCGUCCCUCCACCUGUUAACCGCAUCCAGGGGACGCUCAGAGACCCAGAGUUCCAACACAACGGUAAUUUAGGCCUGAGGACGUCUGAGCUGCUGCUGUGUCCUGGUGGUGGCUGUGGAACUGAUGAUGAAGAUGACAGGAUGUCCCAGAUCUCAUCCAGGUCAGCAGCGUCCUGCUCCAUGGCCUCCCAGGUCCUGGACCGAGCCCAGAGGAGGAAGGACCACUUCUGGGGGAAGAGAUAACAGGACGCGCUGACCCCCCUCACAAUACAUCCCAAAUGGCACCCUAUUCCCUAUGUAGUGCACUACUGUUAAGAGGAGGAAGGAUAACUUUUGGGGGAAGAGAACACCACUGACACACACUAUGUCCUAAACCGGUAAAAUGGUCAAAUAAAAAAUAUAUAGUGUACUGCUCUAGCGGAUAGGUGUGAUGACAGCACACUACACUGGACCACACUGUCCUCCCCCUAAUAGUACCCUAUUCUGUAUGUAGUGCACUACCUUGGGCCAGACCCUUGAGAGGAAUAUAUUGGGGACAGGGUGUGAUGUCAACAGUGACAUUAGCUUCACAGCCUAUAGCCCAACCACUGCAGAUAGGAAGACAAUCAAUUGUUAUGGGUUUAUGUGACCAGUGUCCAGACUACUAGGGUGAAUCUGGGUUUAUGUGACCAGUGUCCAGACUACUAGGGUGAAUCUGGGUUUAUGUGACCAGUGUCCAGACUACUAGGGUGAAUCUGGGUUUAUGUGACUAGUGUCCAGACUACUAGACUCAAUCUGGGUUUAUAUGACCAGUGUCCAGACUACUAGGGUGAAUCUGGGUUUAUGUGACCAGUGUCCAGACUACUAGGGUGAAUCUGGGUUUAUGUGACUAGUGUCCAGACUACUAGGCUCAAUCUGGGUUUAUGUGACCAGUGUCCAGACUACUAGGGUGAAUCUGGGUUUAUGUGACCAGUGUCCAGACUACUAGGGUGAAUCUGGGUUUAUGUGACCUGUGUCCAGACUACUAGGGUGAAUCUGGGUUUAUGUGACCUGUGUCCAGACUACUAGACUCAAUCUGGGUUUAUAUGACCAGUGUCCAGACUACUAGGGUGAAUCUGGGUUUAUGUGACCUGUGUCCAGACUACUAGGGUGAAUCUGGGUUUAUGUGACCUGUGUCCAGACUACUAGACUCAAUCUGGGUUUAUAUGACCAGUGUCCAGACUACUAGGGUGAAUCUGGGUUUAUGUGACCAGUGUCCAGACUACUAGACUCAAUCUGGGUUUAUAUGACCAGUGUCCAGACUACUAGGGUGAAUCUGAGUUUAUAUGACCAGAGUGUCUAGGCUGAAUCUGGGUUUAUAUAUCCAGAGUGUCUAGGCUGAAUCUGGGUUUAUAUAUCCAGAGUGUCUAGGCUGAAUCUGGGUUUAUAUAUCCAGAGUGUCUAGGCUGAAUCUGGGUUUAUAUAUCCAGAGUGUCUAGGCUGGGUCUGGGUUUAUAUAUCCAG